AUGUCACAUAGGCUACUUCGACGUGAGGACGGACGGAGCAUCUGGCUCACAGUUGAGCCCGAUGUUCCAGAACACCAAGCACUCAAAAAACUGAUUGUUAGGAAUGGGGGGUGUGUUGUGAAACGGUCAAGCCUGCCGGAUUACCACAUCGUCUCGGGCUCGCUGGCAGGAACCCAGUUAGGGGUCGAGCUGUCGAGUCAAGGGCGCAUUGCCCUCGACUCAUCCUGGCUAUGGGACAGCGAAGCGCAGGGUAGACUCCUACCAUGGCAUCUAUACCAGAGAGGCGCUGAAGCCCCCCAAGUCUCCACAGAGAUAAAGGACACCCAUGAAGUCCGAAGACCCCCUUCUUCCCCUGAGAGAUAUUCGGCAUCAGAAUCCAGCGAUGCUGAUAUUUGCGCGGAGCUUCCUAUCGAGCUUCCCACUGAUGCAAAGACCCUUCGGGAGCUGCAUGCGGGGUUUCCACUCCCAGUCGACACCGCUGCGCAGGGUAUCAGAAGGGAGGUCACGCAGUCACAACUAGCCAAGCAUGAAAUCAGUCGUUUGUUUGACAAGACUGUACCAGAAGAGGACAGUAGCUCGAGCGUCGGUCGUUCUCACCCACCGUUCAAUGGGCAAGGGCGAAGUCAGCCAAGCUCAAAGAUGCAAACCCUGAUUGUGACUGGCUCCCGGAUCCCUCUCCCAGCCCCUUCGAAGCAUAGAGCGAGUCUGAAACCCAAGAUUCAAGGGAAAUCGCAACUGCCAUAUACGCAGGCUGAGAUAGACGCACUCGCUCAGUGGGUGAAGGUCCAUCCUUUUUCUUCUUUCAAGAAUUCGGACGAGUAUUGGAAGCACUGGGUCGAAAACUCUGAAUAUGGACGGCGUCGCACUCCAUGCGCCUGGCGGCGGUACUGGGCAUCACAUCUGAGGCCAUACAUCAAGAGCAACGGAGCAAUCAAUGGUUAUAAGAAGAAAGGACUCGACUUCUCAAUGUUUCUCCAGGAACCAAAGAACUUGUCGAGCUGCCAAACGCGCGAGGCCUCUGGUGAGAUGGAUGACACAGAAACGAUACAUCUGGAUUCAGAGGCUGAAGAUCUCACGGAGAAUGAAUACGAGGGAUCGAUGAAACCCGCAAAGGCUCCAUUCAUUAUGGGUAGUGACGAUGAAUAA